GAUUAUCACUUUUCUUUUCAAAGUUACAGGGAUCUGGCAACAAUUUCAGUUCCCAGACUAAAAUGAAUCCAAAAAAAAUGUUCAAGAAGACAAACAUCCCUUUUAAUAGCUAUGAACUUUUGCUCACUGUUCUAUUUAUAAUCUCCCUAUGUAUUUGUACUGUUUUAUUAACAUUUCUGUGGCUGUUCAACGAGACAACUGAACAAGGAGCAAAAGACCAUGAAGCAAUGGGAAUAUUUACAAUAAAAUCAGGAGCAAUGUUCAGCCCUGCUUUGCAAAAUAAAUCAUCAGUAGACUUCAAAAUUCUUGCCUUUGAUGUCCAGCAAAUGGUAGAUGAUAUGUUACAUGAAAGUGAACUUCAAAAUGAAUAUAAGGGAAGUAAAGUUACGCAGUUUAGAAAUGGUAGUGUAAUUGUAUUCUUCAAACUUUUCUUUGUACAAUGGGUGUCUGAAGUAAAGAUAAAGAAUGCAUUGGUCUAUGGCAUCAAGGAGAAUAAAAGUGAACUCUUACAGACUUUGACCAUUGAUGUGAACAGCAUAGAAAUAAUAGAUCUGGGAAUAUUUACUACAAGCAGCUCUUUGACAACAUCCGGUUUGGAAAUAUUUAGUACAACAACACCUGGACUGGGAAUAACUAGUACUACAAGUAAUCCUUCAACAACACCUGGUAAAUGUUUGCCUUUAGAUGGUCUUUGUGCUGAUGAUAUAACCUGCAUCAGAAAGGAAUUAUUUUGUGAUGGAAUACCACACUGCCCAGAUGGCUCUGAUGAAAACAAAUGUGCUACACCCUGUGAUGGAAAAUUCAUUCUAGAUGGUUUAUCCGGAUCUUUCCAUUCUAUUCAUUAUCCAGAACCCUAUAGCUCAAAUCUUGUUUGCCGAUGGAUAAUAAAUAUGGAGAAGCACCUAUCUAUCAAAAUAAACUUCACUUCUUUUGAGACACAAAAAUAUAGUGAUUUUUUAAGUAUUUAUGAAGGUAUAGGUCCAACAAAGAUAUUAAGAGCUGAAACCUCAGGUUCUAACCCUGGGACAAUUUAUAUUUUUUCUGAUAAAGCCACUGUUGAAUUUGUCACAGAUUUAAAUAAAAACCUUAAUGGUUUUAAUGCAACCUACACUGCUUUCAAUGCAAGUGAGCUAACCAACAAUGAAAAAAUCAAUUGUACUUUUGAAGAUGGGUUUUGUUAUUGGAUUCAACAUAUAAAAGAUCGCACUGAAUGGGAAAGAACUGAUGGCCCUGUCUUUCCUACAACUGGCCCAGAUUUUGAUCAUACCUUUGGCAAUUUAUCAGGCUACUAUAUUUUAACAUUAACAUAUCGUACAAGUGAACAACUGAGGAUUGAAAUAUUUAGUUUACCCUUAGACCCUAUUUCAGAUGCAUACUGCCUAAGCUUCUGGUAUUACAUGUAUGGUAUUAAAAUUUACCGUCUAAAUGUUAAAAUUAUAUAUGAUGAUAACAGUGAAAAGAUCAUCUUCCAGAAAGAAGGAAAUUAUGGAAAUAUUUGGAAUUAUGGACAAAUAACAUUAAAUGAAACAUCUAAAUUUAAGGUUGCUUUUGAAGCCCUUAAAAGAUAUUAUUGGAAUGAUAUUGCCCUUGAUGAUAUAGGACUUUCAAAUGGAGCCUGUGCUAAAAGUAUUUAUCCAGAACCAACUUUGGUCCCUACAAUUCCUACAACAUUUCUGCUACCAACUGAUUGUGGAGGUCCAUAUGAUUUGUGGGAACCAAACACUACAUUUACUUCAAUAAACUACCCAAACAACUAUCCCAGUAAAGCGUCUUGUGUAUGGUAUUUGAAUGCAGAAAAAGGAAAAAAUAUUCAACUUCAUUUCCAGUAUUUUAAUUUGGAGGAUAUUUAUGAUGUCGUAGAAGUCAGAGAUGGUAGAGGAGCUGAGUCUUUAUUUUUAGCUGUAUAUACUGGAAAAUCCCCAUUGCCAGAUAUAUUCUCUACAACUCACCAAAUGACUGUGCUCUUCAUUACGGACAAAUCUGUAACCAGAAAAGGAUUUGUAGCCAAUUUUACUACAGGUUACCAUCUUGGCAUGCCAGCUACAUGUGAACUGAAUUAUUUUCAAUGUGGAAGUGGAGAAUGUAUACCCCAGGCUCAGAUUUGUGACCAAUUCCAGCAUUGUAAAGAUAAUUCUGAUGAAGCAGAUUGUGUGCACUUGAUCAAUGGUUCUCUCAGCUCCAAUGGGUUAGUUCAAUACAAAAUUGAGACGCAAUGGUAUACAGCCUGUGCUAAUGAGUGGACAGAAGCAUCAUCAACCACUAUCUGCAAUCUGUUAAAACUAGGGACUGGGAACAAGUCAUCUCCUGUCUUGUAUACCGGGGCAGGUCCAUUUGUAGAAGUUAAAAAAGCAGCUAACAACAGCUUCAUGCUAAAACCAAGGGUAAAGUGUUUGAAUAAUUUGGUGAUUCAUUUGCAAUGCAGUGGUAAAUCUUGUGGGGAAAAAAUGAUUACCCAGAAAUCUAGACCAAGAAUUGUUGGUGGUUCUGAUGCUCAAGAAGGUGCUUGGCCUUGGAUAGUCUCACUAUAUUUCAAUUACAGGCCAACUUGUGGAGCUUCUCUUAUCAACAAUGAAUGGCUACUCUCAGCUGCACAUUGUGUAUAUGGGAGAAAUUUAAAACCAUCUCAGUGGAAAGCAGUUCUUGGCCUGCAUACGAAUCUCAAUCUAUCAUAUCCUCAAACAGUGAGCCGAGAGAUUGAUCAGAUUAUCAUCAAUCCUCACUAUAAUAAGCGAACAAAAGAUAGUGACAUUGCUUUGAUGCAUCUCCAAUUUAGAGUGAAUUACACAGAUUAUAUUCAGCCCAUUUGCUUCCCAGAAAAAAAUAAACAAUUUUUGCCAGGAACUAAAUGCUCUAUUGCUGGCUGGGGAAAAACCACACCGGAAGAUUCAAUUUCAAGUAUAUUGCAAGAAGCAGAAGUCCCUCUUAUAACACAUCAGAAAUGCAAGGAACUGAUGCCUGAGUACAAUAUUACUGAAAACAUGAUAUGUGCUGGGUAUGACAAAGGUGGAAUUGAUUCCUGCCAGGGAGAUUCUGGUGGACCUCUGAUGUGUCAAGAGAACAAAAAGUGGUUUUUAGCUGGUGUAACAUCCUUUGGCUACAAGUGUGCCCUUCCAAAUCGCCCUGGAAUUUAUGUAAACGUUUUCAAAUUUGUAGACUGGAUAAAACGUACCAUUAAUUAUUAACUAGAAAUAUAGGAUUGAAAAAGAAAGACUGUGAUUAUAGCAUCUAUAUAAUAAAGUUUGGUAGAAUCAGGUAAAAAUUUAUCAUUCAAAUUAUGGCCAAGUUUGUGUUAGAAGUGAUCUGAACAAAUCUUUGAAGUUUCACUGACACUCACACAGAAGUUGCAAUAUUUUUCUACCAGCUACUCUCUUAAUGCUUGAAUAAGAAAAGACAAGGGUAACUCAGAUAACAUACUGAUUUGUUAAAAGUACAACCCUCAGUAAAACUGUGCCUUUAAAUUUACUGAGAAGAGCAGUUUUAAUAAUUUUCCAAGACAGAUGACAUCAUGAAUUAAAUUCUUAUACAGAGUCUACUGCAGAUAGGCUGUCAAUCCAUUUAAAUAUUGUUUUUCUUUAAAAGAUUUUUAAAUGACUGUUUUUUUUCAAAUAGUAAUGAUAUUUCGGUAUAUGUGUCAUUACUAAGGUUCCAAUCAGAAAACCUCAGUCCUACACCUCCCUGAUUAUUCCUAUUAACUCAGUUUAUUAGGAAAGAAAUCAAUGCAAAGUGUAUGUAUAGUUUAUGCAAAAAUUCAGGAUACAGUACUGUUUAGCAGUAUUUAUGAAACUCUCAUGUCUAGUCAAAUGAGCUAGAAAAUACUAUGGAUCAAAUUAUUUGAAUCAAGUAAGUAACUUUCUAUUCUCAAUUUAAUUAAUUUUAGAUAUUUUUCCUGCACUGCCUGAUAGAAUAACUAAACAAGUACUGCAUCUUACUAUAAGAUGGAAUGUUUGAAAAAUAACCCAUAACUAUAAAAAAGCUUUCUUUUGAAAUCAACGGAUAUGCUUUUAUACUAUUUUUGUGAAAUCAUGUAUGUACCUAUUUCAUUCCCUAUUUUAAAUCAUACUGUCAGAAUGCGUUCAAGACAUUUCUGUAUUUUAAAUAACAUUAAACUGAACUGAGAUAAGAAA